UGAUAUGAAAAGUCCACACCGAGGCCGUCACAGACAAUUUGAAACUGGAUUUGGCCUGCUCGGCUUGCCUUGCCUUGAGUGAAUGGGUAAAAGUUUGCUAUAUUUAAUAUUGGGCCCAUGACACGAGUGGUUGUUGAACUUGAAAUCAACAAAACUAAACUAGGGUUUUCGUUUUUGGGUGCUUUCCUCUCUCAAAUUUCAAAUCUCAUCAGGUCGCCGACGACGACAUGGGGAGGAGACCUGCAAGGUGUUAUCGGCAAAUCAAGAACAAGCCAUACCCAAAAUCUCGAUACUGCCGUGGUGUCCCGGAUUCUAAGAUCAGAAUUUAUGAUGUUGGUAUGAAAAAAAAAGGUGUUGAUGAGUUUCCUUUCUGUGUCCAUCUUGUCAGUUGGGAGAAAGAGAAUGUCUCAAGUGAGGCAUUGGAGGCUGCUCGAAUUGCCUGCAACAAGUAUAUGGCCAAAUUUGCUGGGAAGGAUGCUUUCCAUUUGAGAGUGAGGGUUCAUCCCUUCCAUGUUCUGCGGAUCAACAAGAUGCUUUCAUGUGCUGGUGCUGAUAGGCUUCAGACUGGAAUGAGGGGUGCUUUUGGGAAACCUCAAGGAACAUGUGCAAGGGUCAACAUUGGUCAGGUCCUGCUUUCUGUUCGUUGUAAGGACAGCAACAGUCAUCAUGCACAGGAGGCCCUCCGCCGUGCAAAGUUCAAGUUUCCAGGUCGUCAAAAGAUUAUUGUUAGCAGGAAGUGGGGAUUUACCAAGUUCAGCCGUGCUGAUUAUCUGAAGUGGAAGUCUGAGAACAGGAUUGUGCCAGAUGGUGUCAAUGCAAAGCUUCUUGGAUGUCAUGGACCUUUGGCUGCACGUCAACCUGGAAGAGCUUUUCUAGAUGCAUCAACUUAGACUCUUGGCUAUCUAGAAAAUUUUGAAGUGCUCUCAUAAAGCUCUUGUUGGACUCAUUUUUAGCUUAUUAUUGUAGUUGGUUGUGUAUCUUUUCCUCAUGGUUGAACAGACCUUGUUCUGGUUCAGAAUAUUUGGUUUUUGUGGAUUGUUAUUCACACUAUGGCACUGAGUUUGUUAUGGAAUUGCAGUUUAUUA